CCCGUCCUGCUCAUCACACUUGUAUUGUCAUAGUUUACACAAGCUUAGUGUGUAAAGUUGUAGUUAUGUCUUUCUCACAUAAAAACAACAUAUUUAGGAUUUCUUGUCUCCACAGAAAUGUGGCUUCGGGUUUACAUCUCACCCCAAAACAUUAGGAAGGUCCAACUUCCCCAACUGCCAGCCUCGGUGGAUGAUUUACAAGCAGAGCUGAAAUCGAAGUUACAGCUUCAGGGAGAGUUUUUGCUACAAUAUGAGGACCCCGACUUUGGAAAUGAAUUGCAAUUGUGCAAUUUAUCAGACAUUUCUGAACUGCCUGCUGAAAAGGCUGUGUUAAAAAUUGUGUGGGACAAAGAUUCAUCUGUUCUGGAUCAGUCUGAUGCACAAUCUGUUUCCUCACUUGGUACUGUCAGUGUGUCCUCAUCUGCUUCUCCUCAAACCCCAUCAGCCAUCAUUCAGAGCAAUUUGAGAAGUACAUCACAGUGGCCAUCACCCUUUCCAAUUCCUACUUUCUCAUACGAUGUCGAGCUGAGGCUUCACAAAGGAAAUGACGCUUAUGAGCAAACAAACAAAGCUUUAAGUGUACCAAGAGAAAUGAAGUCACACAUUUUGGAAAAAAUUGCAUAGACAAUAUUUGCUUUGAAAGCAUAUCCACGCCCUGAGGAAAUUGAAGAUGUUGCUUCUGCACUUGUACUGAAGCAUCCCUGCCUUACAGAGCCAGGAAAUGGCAAAGGAUUUGAUGGCUGGAAAAUGAGCAUAAAGUACAAACUUGGUAAUUACAGAUCCAAACUCCGUUCAGCUGGUUGCAACGAAGUCAGUAUCAACAGGAAAAGAGGAGGUGAUGGGGCAAGUGCUGUGAAAAAGGCCAAACGAGGAGAGGUUAAUUAUAUGCCAGAUCAUCCUAAAGGCCAGUCUGACGAUUCUCUGGAGGAGGAAAGGCUCAUCUUGGUAGAGGAAAUGAAGAAGAAAACCAAGAAUGAAGUGCUCAUCAAUCAGAAAAUGAGCUUGACUUUCUCCCUCCGACGAAAAGAGAUUGUGGAAGUAGUGCCAAUGGUAUCUGAAGUGCUGGAACGAUGGCCUGCAGUGUUUCUUCCAAAUGAGUUAUGUGAUGAAUUCAAACGCAUCACCAGUGUGGACCUCCUCAAGACCUUCAGAGCGUCAAUACACCAGCACACUCCGCAACUCCUCAAGCUAUACAGAGCAAGAAAGGGGGCAUUUGGAACAGAAAUGGAAGAUCUUCUCAACAAGCUUGAUCAGCAGACCACAAAUAUUGUGACUCACAGAAAGCAAACCGUCCUGGAAGGUCUCCCCAUUUUUCUCCGUGAAGAUUCCUCUGCACUUUUUAAAACAUGCCUGGACAAGACUCCAGAGGACAGACAGACCAGAGGGAUGAAGGUGGGAAUCCUUAUUAUAAUUGAAGAUGAUGCCACCCCCACCACACUGCCCAGUGUCACAAAAUUUGCUGUUGUGUUGGAGGAGGUGAUUGUACUGAAAGAUGCUCCAGACUUGCAGUCUGCACUUGCAUACCUGUUCGGCCUUCUGUUCGCCUUGGAUUUUGAGGACCCAAAGCAACUGAAAUACACUUUCGAGGUUAUUGAGAAGGGAGAUGGGCACUCAUUGUUCUGCUAGGGUACUGUCCCUCAAAACUAAGCUAUUACUGUGAAUUGUUUUUGGUUCAACUGUAAACUUGAGGUUGUGAAAAACAUUGUGGCACUGUUUCAGCACUUUAAGCACAAACGUGAAAGGAACACGCUGUCUUUUUGGGACUUUAGCUUUUUCACCAUAUCCACCAGAGUUAGAUAAGUCCAUACAUACCCUUCUCAUCUCUGUGCGUGCUGUAACUCUGUCUGACGAACCCACAGCUAGCCUAGUUUAGCACAAAGACUGGAGGUAAAUGGCUCCAGCUAGCAUACUGCUCUCAA